UCUUGGUGCUUUUGCUUUCUUGUGAGCCUCGCUCCAGCCCUAACAAGCUAACGUGUUUGGAGCUUCCAUAUCGUUCGGGCCACUCACACCACGUCACGCUGCAUUUCGCUGGUCUUUACCCGUAUCAGAUUCCGUCGUCUCGCCACUUGUCUUUUCUCUCGGCGAACCCAGCAGCCAUGGCGCACGCCGGAGUGAUGCUGACUCGUGCAGUCGUCCCUGCCGUCGUUCCUCGUUUCGACACGACCACCACCACCUCCUCAGCUUCCCGCCAAUGCGACCUUCCUAGAACCUUCUUCGGCCAGCAGCUCACUUUCACAUCAUCCCCUACCGCAUCUCACGCGCAACCGUCGAAGCUUCCUCGAACCUCUCCCUGCGUCCGCAGCAGCGUAAACGGAAACGCUUACGCAAGCGGAAAUGAGCCCGCGGCACGACCCUCCCGUCCGGAGUACAUCCCGAACCGUAUCGACGAUCCUAACUACGUCCGCAUCUUCGACACGACGCUGCGCGACGGCGAGCAGUCCCCCGGCGCGACGCUCACCAGCAAGGAGAAGCUCGACAUCGCGCGCCAGCUGGCGCGCCUCGGCGUCGACAUUAUCGAGGCGGGCUUCCCGAUCGCGUCGCCCGAUGAUCUCGAGGCGGUCCGGACCAUCGCUAAGGAGGUGGGGAAUAAUAUCGACCCGAAGACCGGUUACGUGCCCGUGAUUUGCGGGCUGGCGCGGUGCAACAAGGCGGACAUCGACGCGUCGUGGGAGGCGGUGCGGCACGCGGCGCGGCCGCGGAUCCACACGUUUAUUGCGACGAGCGCGAUCCACAUGGAGUACAAGCUGCGCAAGACGCCCGACGAGGUGGUGGAGAUCGCGCGCAGCAUGGUGGCUUACGCCAAGAGCCUGGGAUGCAACGACAUCGAGUUCAGCCCGGAAGACGCCGGCAGGUCCGACCCCGAGUUCCUGUACCGCAUUCUGGGCGAGGUGAUUAAAGCGGGCGCCACCACGCUCAACAUCCCCGACACGGUCGGAUACACGAUGCCGCCGGAGUUUGGCGAUCUCAUUGCGAAGAUCAAGAAGAACACGGAGGGAGCCGAGAAUGUGAUCAUCUCCACCCACUGCCAGAACGACCUGGGCCUUGCUACUGCCAACACCCUUGCGGGAGCCAAGGCGGGAGCGCGGCAGCUGGAGGUGACGAUCAACGGGAUCGGCGAGCGGGCCGGCAACGCAUCACUGGAGGAGGUGGUGAUGGCGAUCCAAUGCCGUGGCAAGGAGCAGUUUGGAGGGCUGUACACCGGCAUCACGCCCAGACACAUUGCACUCUCCAGCCGCAUGGUAGCGGACUAUACGGGCAUGUCAGUGCAGCCGCACAAGGCCAUUGUGGGCGCCAAUGCCUUCGCACAUGAGAGCGGCAUUCACCAGGACGGCAUGCUCAAGUUCAAGGGCACGUACGAGAUCAUGGCGCCAGAGGACGUGGGCAUCGUGCGCACUGAUGCCGCUGGGCUCGUGCUGGGCAAGCACAGCGGCCGCCACGCGCUGAGGACGCGCCUGCAACAGAUGGGAUACGACUUUGACACUGCAGAGUUGGACGAGGUGUUCAAGCGAUUCAAGACAGUAGCGGACAAGAAGAAGAUCCUCACCGAUGGGGACCUGGAGGCGCUCGUCUCUGACUCCGUGUUCCAGCCCAAGACCAUCUGGCAGCUCACCGACCUGCAGGUGGUUUGCGGCACCAUGGGCCUGCCCACAGCCACGGUGAAGCUGGUGGGGCCAGACGGGGUGGAGCAAAUCCAGGCCGCCAUGGGCACUGGACCGGUCGAUGCUGUGUACAAGGCGAUCAACAACAUUGUUGAUCUGAACGUUGAGCUGACAGAGUACUCCCUGUCAUCGGUUACUGAGGGAAUCGACGCCCUGGCAUGCACGAGGGUUGCCAUUCGCUCCACUGGCGAUGCGCACACCGCCACGCAUUCGCAGCACGGCAGCAUCGAGAGGACCUUCAGUGGCAGCGGUGCUGACGAGGACAUCGUGGUGUCGUCCGCCCGCGCUUACAUAAGUGCCGUGAACAAGAUGCUGGGCUUCGGUGACUCGUCAGCUUCAAUCGCCAAAAGGCAUGAGGUCAAUGUGGCGUGAUUCAAUGUUGCCCAGCAUAAGGGCGCAAGGCGGGUCAGGGCAGGGAUUGACAGGAGGCCCAUGAAGCAUGCCUCGAAACACCUGAAUGUAGCAAGAGCACGGUAGGGAUUGAGGGAGGAUCAGACUUGUACUGGAGCACAGGCAUGCGUGAUAUACCAUUUGAUCCUUUAGUUCGUCAACACGGAGUAAAGGAUCAACUAGAUGUGUGCCCGUUCGCAUAAGUGUUGACUGGAUGUGCUCAUCAAAUCAAUGAGUAGUGCGGUACCGUGUGUCUGCCUUGCCUAAUAAGAAUACAGCGGAACUGGUUGA